GCCUGAAGCACUAUGGUCUGGGUGUGAAACAUCAUGUGGAAGUUUGAAUCUUAGAACAACUUUGUUUCACAACACACGAGACUCUCUUAGUUGUUCUAAUUUGUUGCAACUUCAAUGUUAAUCAAGUAGUUUAAGUUUUUUUACGUUUAAAGUUGUUAGUUUUGUUAAUAUAUUGCAAUAAUUUACUAAUUACUCACUGUAAUUGCAAGGCAAAUUGUAAAGCACCACCAAAAGUGUCUUCUAGGCGAGAAUUAUAUUACAUUAUAAUUCAUUAUUAUAUUAAUCUUGCCAUUAUAUUACAAGCAUUGCUUCUUUGACGGGAAUCCCUGUCAAGUUUUGCCGUCCUGACGGAAAAUAUACUGUUAUUGCCAUCCCGAAGUAAAAACCACUAAGUAACAACAACCUGACGGGAAUCUUGCAAACGUUGCCGUCCUGACUGAGAAGAAUUUACAUCCUGACGGAUAAACCUUUAGACGACAAGAACUUUAGAUGAUGGGGAGCCUUCAGCUGGCAACACCGAGGGCCUCGAGGAGCAACCCGCUAGUACCAGUGUUGCUCAAUUGCUGAGAAUCCCUCCAGAACAUGGCGCGACUUGAAAUCCCCUCCAUUGUGGUGCACAAUGGAUCAGGGAGCCCCCCAUCCAGCUCCCCCGCUCCACCCACCGCCUCCCACCGGGGCGACCAGCCCGGAAGCGAGGGAGAUAAGGCGGAGGCAGGACCGCCCAGUGGGAGUCACAGUCCAGUCCCUCCCCCAGCCGAGCCCCACGGGCAGGUGGUUGAUGGGGCGUGCUGCUCCCCCAGUGCUGGGGACCAUUCGUGUGGCCCCACGGGGCCAGGCCCUGGUGGUGGGGAGGCUGGUUACUCCCCCAGACCUUCCCCCGGUCCCUCCCCCUCCCGUAGCCGCUCCCUAGAUCUCCCUUCGAUGCACCUCGAGGGGGAUUCUCCCUCCGCUCCCCCUGGGCUCAGGAACAGGUUGGGGAAACAGAAGCAGCUACAGCGAAGCCACGCUAUGAGGGAUGAUGCCUCCCCACCCCCUCCAGACCUCCCCCUACCACCCGUCCCUCUCACCCACUGUGGGGGGAAUAGUCUCACGGUGUCCCCCACGGUCCCCAUCCAAGUAGGAAUCCCGGGAGGGAUGGCAAGUAGGAGGAGGUUGCGCCACCAGGGAUCCUCCCAGGGAUCUCUACAGGGUUCCUUCGACGGCUCGUCUCCGUGUCUCUCCAGAGAAUCAUCAAUGGAGUACACCGACAGCAGCGGCGUUGACUUGUUGCAAUUCAUCAUCCAGACGCUGCACAAGCACCAGAAGGACAGAGCGGUGCUGCUUAAGAUAGAGAGAGAGCUUAUCAACCUGGUCAAAGAUAACAAGCGCAGCCACCACAAGUUCCAGCAGAUGUCCUCCUACCACCGGAUGCUGGUGCAUAGAUGCGCUGCAUACUUUGGCCUGGAGCACAACGUGGACCAGGCCGGUACCGCCGUCAUCGUCAACAAGACCAAGAAUACCAGGCUUCCGGAGGUGCGCUUCAGAGAGCAUUUCUGUGACGAGAUGACUCCCUUGCCGGACGACCUCCCCCGCAGGUCCGUCUUGAGGCGGGAGUUCUCCUCCUUCGAAGACAGCCUCGGUUUCAAGCAGCUGGCCGACCCUCUGAACGACCCUCGGCGCAGCAAGAGCUUCGAGGAGCGACAGGAGGAAUACCAUCGCGCCAGAAAAAGAAUGUUUAGUCAAGAGUCGUUCUCGUCACUGGAGGGAGGCGCUGGAGGCAGCGAUCCUCGAUUUGGCGAGCGCUGCCGCGGCUUCUGCCACGACGACCACCGCUGGCGGGACCGCCACUGCUGGCACUUCGCUGAGCCCGUCCCGCCCCGUCCCCGGCACCACUACGACCACCAUCGUCUCAGGCACCACUACGACCACCAUCGUCUCAGGCCUGGAAGACUUCCAAAGGUGGAGUCGUUGGAGUGCGCUCGGUCGCUGAGGCCGUCGGUGUUCAAGAGCCACAGCUUCGGUGGCUACGGGGGUGGCCUCGCAGUAACUGAGCGCCUCACCAAGCAGGACUCUACCAGCAGUCGUGUGAGCGAGCAGAGUGGCAGUUCGGGCUACAAGACACAGCGCCAAGACACCUCCUCUACCAACGUUUCCAACACCCUCUCCACGACCCCGUCACCCGUCACCACCCACCACCAUCACUCCAAUCUCCCCCCGGGCGGGGGUUGGGGGGAGGGAGCGGAGCACGUAAUGUGGGCGGUGACGGACAUGGACGUUGUCCCCGCAGGGGCCCUGCUCAUCAACCCCCAGACGGGUCAGCCGUACGUCAACCAGGACGGUUCGGUGUACCGUUACGACCCCAGCAACCCCCCACAUCUGCUGCCUCCCCCCUGCCCCCCACCCUCUGCAUCACAGCACCACUCACCCCUACACCACCCCUGUCAGCAUGACGGGCUGGUGGAGUGCGAGGUGGCACCCCAACAUUCUCCCUACUAUCCCCUCACUCCCUCACCCCCUAGGGAUGGGGGGAUCACGUCUCCCCCUACCCACAUACCCGACCCCGAUGGAUCUUGCGAUGGUAGCAAGAAGGAUGCGAAGGAUGCCGACGCUACGACGUCUCCAGCGACUCUGGUAUCCUCAGGCCGCGUGUCCCGCGGUGGCGAUUUGCCUGAAGGAACUAUCGCCUCCUGCAGCCCUCCUGCUCCUUCUGCUGCAGGAGCUGCCAGUACCUGCAGUAGUCCUCCUCCUGCACCACCAUCUGCACGAAGUGUUGCCACUCUACCUAGAGCAGGAGGCCACUCCUGCAAUCCUUCCUCCCCCUACUACUCCAUGCAGGAGGCUGGCCGUACCUGCUCCGUGGACUCCGGCCUGAAUGAGGCCACGUCUCAGAUGCGGGGAAUGAGCCUCAGCUCUGGGGAUUUGCAGGCCGAGGCCCCACCACAUCCCCAGACUUACCUGCUGCCCCGACAUUACCCGCAGACACUGUACUACAUGUCUGGUACCACAGCUCCCUGCGGAGGUACCAUCAAAUACGUCUACCCUCCUCCUUCUGCUGUACAGGGUACGACAGGGUCCAUGGGACUCAUGAGUGGGGCAUCCUCAGGAGGCAUGGGUCUUCCCCCCUCAGCCGCAGCGGUGGACCCUGCCAUCCCCAGUAUGGCGUCAGGGUCAGGAGGGUCAUACCUCCCCGGAGGCUUCUCCAUGAUGGGGUACCAUGGAGCAGGGGUCCGUCCUACAGCCCCACCGUCCGCACAGGAGUCCGGGGGCACUACGUACUACUGCCCCGCCCCCAACCCCCGCCACACUCCACCAGGUAGACCUCGCUCCUCUCUACCCCCCGCCACACUCCAGCCAGGUAGACCUCGCUCCUCUCUACCCCCCGCCACACUCCAGCCAGGUAGACCUCGCUCCUCUCUACCCCCCGACACACUCCAGCCAGGUAGACCUCGCUCCUCUAGACCCCCGCCACACUCCAGCCAGGCAGUUGGUCUACCGCUGGGCUUUUUAAACGCCGCUAACGGUCUCCCCAACGCUGGCCAGUACUUCACCAUGAUGCCACAACAACCUUCAACGCAAUCAUCUCACCCUCACAUCAUCACGACUUUCUUCAGACCAAACUUACAGGUUGUCGGGAGUGGUGAUGGGGACACAACUCCUCCUCCUCCCCCAGUUGUCCAAUAUGCAUCUUCCCCAAUGACUCCCCAUCCCCCCGUGUUCGGGAAGCCUUACCUGGGAGCUAUCAUGUCCCAGAUGAUAACUCCCCAGAGGGAUUCUUCCACUCCUUCUACUUCCCUAAGCAGCAGAGAGUUCCCCAAGCGACACAUGGGGAAUAACAUCAGCUUCCCCACGCGUUUGCCUGCCGCUAAGAUCCCACCUACGACACCCACCUUAGUGGGACAUCCGUACACCUUCUUGCAAAACGAGACGCAGUCAGCAAGAGGUGUGGCCACCCCAAACUACACCCCCGGCAACCGACCCAUCCCCCACACCCCUCAGUACACCCAGCACCAUCAACAGCACCUGCAUCAACACCAUCAACAACAACAGUAUCAUCAGAAUAAUCAACAGCAGCCUCAGUAUCAUCAUUAUCACCAGCCAAUUCGUCCCAAUUAUAUGGUGAACUCGGGGGACCUUUCUUCGCCGUCCCCGCCGAGUUCCUUCACUGCCUUCACUCUGCCUCGGCCUCCGAGGCCAAGGAGGCAUCGUGGGCCUUACGCCUCUCCUGACCCGCCUCUUUACUGACACUCGCUGUCUUCAUUUCUUGCCUCUGCAUCGUAUUUUAAUCUAGUUUAAUUUUCCUAUGUCCUAACAUUAAUCAGUCCGAUCGGUCUUCGCCAUGAUGCUUUUGCUGUCUUCCUUUUUGAAUAUCUUCGUAAGUGUUGCUUCUUCAGUGCAGCAAUUUCUUUAUUUUUGAUAGAUUUUCUGUUCCGCCUUCCCUAUCUAUCUUAUAAACUCUCAAUUCAUCCUUUCCUUUCAGUCUCAUCGAUGCUUUAAACUAAUUUAUUUUCAUCACCCAUACAUAAUAUUCCUUCACCUUAGUCUUCCAGAUUUGUCCAUUUUCUCACUCUGUUUCGCUUUAAUUUUUUCGGCGAAUUUUUUGUCCAUAUCCCUUGUGUUCCUUCACUUUUCCCCUCCCACUUCCUUCCCUCAUAUUUUCUUCCAUUUUCACCCAGUUCCAUGUCCUCUCUGAUCUCACUACGUCUCUGCUAUACUUCCUUCUUGAUUUACUCUUACUCCUCUGCUUUAUUUGCAGAGUUACAUUUCUUUUUCUUGCGAAUUCUCAUUUAUUAUUCAUUAUACACUUCUUCUGUCUCUUUAUCGCGUAUUUUCCUCCAUUAUUAUUCGCACACUUCCUUUUUUAUCACCAAUUAUUCUUCUCUAUUUUUAACAAAUUUUUUCUU